AUGGACGGCUCGCCUAGGGUCCACUGGUGGCCAGGUUGUCGAGACUUCACGGUGUCUGCACACUGGCGGCCCUGGUCACACGGUCUGUUGCUGCUCUCGUCGAGGCUCGCGUGGUCGGAUGCUCUGGAGACCAAGGUCUCGCUGCACGGGGCUCUUGGGACACACGCAGGUUGCUGGAAACACGCGGAUCUACUGCGGGGCACGCGAGUCAUGAUGCGGGUUGCGUUGGCCGUAACUGGAAACAAAUUCGGGAAAAGUUCAAUUUCAGACCAUUUUUGUUCCUCCGCCAGCGACACAACUUCCACUCCUGAGAACACCGGCCGGCAGCCCGGCAACGUGUUUUCCCCCGAAAUCGCACGGCGUCUCCUCAUCAAUCCUACCAAUCGCCACCGUGCGGCUGCGCUUCAUCGCCGCCGCUCCUCGGCCGCCGGCAGGCAACGUCCCGUUGCGGCUGCCGGCAGAUGCAAUCCGGAUGAGCUCCUUCAUAUCCUGGUCGCCGCAUCUGUAAUUAGAAUCGUGGGUGGAAUUGGUGCUGAAACUUCUGGGCAGGUUCGCCGAGUGGAGGGUGGCGCCGGCGUAGGCUACUUGGCUGGCGCACCCAGUGAAGCUGUGGAGGUAAAAUUCUCGGACUCGGGCCAGCAUUCGGAUGGGCCCUUUUAUGAACCUGACGAAUUUACUCUGUUUACGAACAGACGCACUACUGCUUUUGGUGUUCAUUUGUGCCAAACAUUGAUUGCGGGUUACAUUGGUUAA